AUGCGACAAGACUUCUAUCCGCUUAAAUACGAACGGAAAUUCUCUCCCUCCUUUCUUUCCUCAUUCCAGAAUCCGCCGGACUUGAGGAAAGAUUGUGAAGCUCCUCUCGCGUUCCCUGUGGACAUCGACGCUGAUCAGUUGGUGGGAGACUUGAAGGACGUGAUCAAGGGGAAGAAGCCCGACACGAUCAAGUGCGAAGCAGACAAACUGCAACUCUUCCUGGCGAAGACGGAGAAAGGCGCCGGGGCGUGGCUGACGGAGCCAGACGUGAAGGAAAGUGUGAGUGACACGAGUGAUUUGAAACUAUUGGGCGCUGCGGGAGCGCCGCUCAACUUGGUUGGCUUGUCGAAGAAGGGCGUCAGGUUCGUACCCACGCUAGAGGACGUCGAGUCGAUGAACACCCCUGUUCACGUGCUGGUGGUGGUUCCGGAGGGAGGGAAACGCCAUCCGUCGAAUGGGUGGUUUGCCGAGUCCUUCCACCCGCUGAAGAAGCGCAGAGUGGGCGAGGACGUGAACGAGGAGAAGAGAUUCUUCGAUAUGAGGGACUUCCCUUCGCUGCUGGAGCAUCCAAAGGCGGAAUUCAAAACGAUCGUGGAGAGAGAGGCGUAUGUUGUGAUCUUUGCCCAGUUGGUGCAGUACGCGAAAACUUGCUUCGAGUUCGUUCCUACUAGUGCGAGCGAGAUAGACGAAAAACGUAAACCAGGCAAGGAUUCCAACCUGGUUGUCACGGGGAAUCCAGGGAUUGGGAAGAGUCGAUUCUUCCUGUAUUGCAUCUUUCAACUCAUACUUCGUGAGCGAGAGGAUGUCAAGCGGCUUCCCUCGUACGAGUUGGUGGUGAACCAUAAGAAGAAUUACGUCAAAUACGACGCAGCAAGAAUGGAAUUUGUCGAGUUGAACAAAACGGAUGUUCGUGCGCUCAUGGGCAAACCCGAUGUGAUUCGACUUGUCGAGGCAACAUCAUCGGAACUUACAGGCUGGAGAGGAGUUUCGGUUUUGUUUGCCUCUCCGGGUGUUGACGGCAUUGAUAAUUUCUCAAAAGUGGACGGGUUAACGUUUAUCAUGCCGACGUGGACCUUGGAGGAGCUGGAAGAUUACAACUCGCUGCUUCCAGUUGAAUUGAAACUUGCUAAAGACGAGUUGUUAUCGCGGUACGAUAGGUUUGGUGGAAUUCCUCGGUUCGUCUUCUCGCAGGCAAUGGAUCGAACUGAGGCUAAAAUAAAGUCGGCGAUCGCCUCAUUCAGUGCACUGGACGUUAUCUCCUAUUGCAGAAAAAAACGAUGCUGUGAGGGAAAAGGACUAUAG